CAAACAUCAAAUUCGAAAGAUGUCGGCGACCAAGGAGAAAGAUGGUCGACCAGGGAAACCGUCAGGAAAGGAAUCUCAACCUUUGAUUAUAGCCAAAACUCCCGCAGAGGAGCAGCGCCUUAAAUUGGAGAGAUUGAUGAGAAACCCUGUAAGUGUCUGGGGAGGUUCUUGUCUUUGAGGAUAUCUUCAAAUGGGCACAUGUUUAUCUCCACAGCUAGAAAGGCUAGCUAACGUUAGCGCCAACCGCAGUGAAUCUGUGCUUACGCAGCUAAUAGUUAGCUAGCUACAGUAGUUAGCUAGAACAUUGCCUGGUUGACAGUCAGAGAUUAAUGCCAUUCAUUUGUUUGGAAAACUUCCUCACAAGCUCUACAAGCCAGAAUGUUGAAUACACUUUUAUUUCAAGGUACUCUACCAGUUGUGUGUGCGGUUAGUCCUUUUGUGGGUAGGAAUUUGAGAAAAAAUAUCCACAGGAAAGUGCAUUAUUAUUAAACCGACUUUUCCAAACGCUGAUACUAGAAGGACGACGGUGUUGCAAUUGUGGUGGGGUUCAUGAUUCUGAAUUCCUGGAGUGCCCUUUAAGAGUGAAGGAAAUUGAGGUGGCAAAAGUUAGAGCGGUCAAUCGAAUCUCCUAUGCGGAGGUUAACAAUUUAGAAAACAAGUUAUGCUAGUGGAUAUACCAAAGCCUGUAGUAAAUGUUUGUUGCCAGACAAAAGAUACCCUGUGUGUUAAAGGUGGAUUUUGUUGCAUUCAUUUCUACAGUUAUAAAUUGUACAGCACAAGUCUCAAAGAAGUCGAGGAAUCUGGACAUUAUUGUGGCUGUUGCAGAAACGUUAUUGGGACUCAAGGAUUUUACAUCUGAAAGUUUGCAAGGGGUACUGGCUGGAAGACCUGCCCUCCCAGGUUCCCCCUGAGCCUGUGUAGGGAUUUAUUUAUUUUUUAACAAAAGUUGUUUGAUUUUAUGUUUGAUUUUAUUUAUUUAUUUUUGGGUAGUUACGUUUUUGGGGGGAAUCCUGUUUCCAUCCCGCAUAGAAGGUGGCGGGAUGCACAUUCAAUUGUGUGAUCGCCAAUAAACCAUAGAAGAAGAAGCGCUUUGAAAAGUUGGUUUAAUUAUACUUUUCUGUGGACAUUUUAUCACCACUUCCUACCAUCAAAAGGACCAACAGAAUGGACAACCAGUAAAGUAAGUUUAAAUAUAAUUUUAUUCAACAUUCUGGCUUGUAGAGACUUUUAGGGCAACUUCAUUCAGACUGAAUAUCCAUGGGGUAACCAUGGUAACAGUCUGAUGUAUUAGGCAAGCUAGAACAGUGAAUGACUAUACUAGCUAGCUAAUUAUCGUAAAAAUGAAUACUCUCAUGUAUGUUUGUAGGAUAAACCUGCCCCUAUCCCAGACCGACCAAAAGAAUGGAACCCUCGGGCUCCUCCAGAGUUUGUGCGGGAUGUGAUGGGUAAGCCUGCAAUCUGCUAACUUUAGCUAACUACCUGUGGCGGAUGAAUUUGUGAAUUCUUAGGUAAGGGCACGUGCAAGUGCUUUUUUUGCAGCCAAAGAGUUGAGCGAGCUUUGCAAGAAUUAUGGUUAUUUAUCUUGCAAGACUCGUUAUCUACGCGCAUCCACACUAUCACAUUAUUAGGUAGGCAAUGGCUUGUUGGCACAAUUCUGGCACUGGAAAUCUUACCCCCCUACUACUGAGUUGAUUUUAAUAAAAGCACUUUAAGCCCGCUGAUGAGAUGUGUAAUGAAUCUCCCCCUCCUCCAGGCUCCAGUGCAGGGGCUGGCAGUGGAGAGUUCCAUGUGUACAGACACCUUCGCAGGCGAGAGUAUCAGAGACAGGACUUCCUGGACAAGAUGACUGAGAAGGUGGGCAGCUGACCUUAUCGUUUCUCAUGGGAACCAAUUUAUUUUAAGCGGUGGGGUUAAGCAAUAAACUCUUUCCUUUUUCUUGCAGCAAAAGAUGGAUUUGGACUAUCUUGACAAGGUGUCAGAUAACCAACAGGCAGCUGAUGAAAGAACAGCCAAACGCAGGAAGAAAAGGUUGGUGCAUUAAUCAAGGACCCACUAAAAAUAAAAUGUAUAGAGCCUAUUGCCUUUAUUCUUUGAGUCUCUGCUGUAAACGUUAUACUUGCUGAUGGUUUGUUACGUUACACGUAUUUGUAUUUCAGGGAAAAGCUGAAGCAGAAGAAGCUUAUGGCAAAGAAAGCCAAGCAGGAAGCCAACAAAGGUGAAGGUAAAUGAAACAAAUAAUAUUUAAGUGAUGGAUUUCAUUGAAACAAGUCCCCUUCAGACUUUUGAAGUGUGAAGAAAGAGCAAGUCCACUACUUGUGUUGCUAUGGCCAGUGCAAGAGCCAAAUUGUACUCACAUAUUAUGCUACAGCAGGUUUUUCUGGAUCAAAAAGGGGCUUAGGUGGUGGGCGUGGCAAUGGGCGCGGUCGGCCUGUCGGUGUUGCUGAAUUUUAGAGGCCCCCAUCUUGACAGUGUAGAGACAUAUUUGCCAAUUUCCUGCAAUUCUACAAAUGUAUCCAUGGAGCUGAGAGAAAAUGUUUGUUUUAAAGCUAAUUUCCUGCGAUUCUACAUAUUCUGCCAUGGAGCUGAGAGAAGAUUUGGCAGUUUUAAAGCAAAUUUCCUUAAAUUCUAUGCUUUAUUUUGCUCAAACAUAAUAACAAAAUCAAUACUGCUAAAUUCAUUGUUUUUGGAACUUUAAAUUCUCCCAUCUAGCUUUUAUUUUGGUGAUUGUUGUGAAAGAUUAUAAAAAAAUUAAUAGGUCCAUUAUCUUUUCUAAGUACUUUACAGUGCAUUCGGAAAGUAUUCAGACACCCUUGACGUUUUCCACGUGUUACGUUACAGCAUUCUAAAAUUGAUUAAAACCGUUUCCCCCCCCCCUCAAUCUACACACCAUACUCCAUAAUGACAAAGCAAAAACAGGUUUUUGUAAAUUUUGCAAAUUUAUAAAAAAAUAUGAAACUUAAAUAUCACAGUUACAUAAGUAUUCAGACCCUUUACUCAGUACUUUGUUGAAGCACCUUUGGUAGCGAUUACAGCCUCAAGUCUUCUUGGGUAUGACGCUACAAGCUUGGCACACCUGUAUUUGGGGAGUUUCUCCCCUUCUUCUCUGCAGAUCCUCUCAAGCUCUGUCAGGUUGGAUGGGGAGCGUCGCUGCACAGCUAUUUUCAGGUCUCUCCAGAGAUGUUCGAUCAGGUUCAAGUCCCGGCUCUGGCUGGGCCACUCAAGGACAUUCAGAGACUUGUCCCGUAGCCACUCCUGCGCUGUCUUGGCUGUAUGCUUAGGGUUGUUGUCCUGUUGGCAGGUGAACCUGUUGGAAGGUGGUCCUGAGCAGGUUUUCAUCAAGGAUCUCUCUGUACUUUGCUCUGUUCAUCUUUCCCUCGAUCCUGACAAGUCUCCCAGUCCCUGCUGCUGAAAAACAUCCCCACAGCAUGAUGCUGCCACCACCAUGCUUCACCAUAGGGAUGGUGCCAGGUUUCCUCCAGACGUGACACUUGACAUUCAGGCCAAAGAGUUCAAUCUUGGUUUCAUCAGACCAGACAAUCUUGUUUCUCAUGGUCUGAGUCCUGUAGUGGCCUUUUGGCAAACUCCAAGCAGGCUGUCAUGUGUCUUUUACUGAGGAGUGGCUUCCGUCUGGACACUCUACCAUCAAGGCCUGAUUGGUGGAGUGCUGCAGAGAUGGUUGUCCUUCUGGAAGGUUCUCCCAUCUCCACAGAGGAACUCUGGAGCUCUGUCAGAGUGACCAUCGGGUUCUUGGUCACCUCCCUGGCCAAGGCCCUUCUCCCCCGAUUGCUCAGUUUGGCCGGGCGGCCAGCUAUAGGAAGAGUCUUGGUGGUUCCACACUUUUUCCAUUUAAGAAUGAUGGAAGCCACUGUGUUCUUGAGGACCUUCAAUGCUGUAGACAUUUUUUGGUACCCUUCCCCAGAUCUGUGCCUUGAUACAAUCCUGUCUCUGAGCUCAACGGACAAUUCCUUUGACCUCAUGGCUUGGUUUCUGCUCAGACAUGCACUGUCAACUGUGGGACCUUAUAUAGACACGUGUGUGCCUUUCCAAAUCAUGUCCAAUUAACUGAAUUUACCACAGGUGGACUCCAAUCAAGUUGUAGAAACAUCAAGGAUGAUCAAUUUAAACAGGAUGCAAUUUCGAGUCUCAUAGCAAAGGGUCUGAAUACUUAUGUAAAUAAGGUAUGUUUUAUUUGUAAUACAUUUGCAAAAAUAUCACAUUUGUUUUGAUAUUAUGGGGUAUUGUGUGUAGAUGAGGACAUUUUUAUUUUAUUUAAUACAUUUUAGAAUAAGGCUGUAACGUAACAAUGUGGAAAAAGGGAAGGUGUCUGAAUACUUUCCGAAUGCACUGUAUCUGAUUUUAGUCGUUUUAAGUUUACACUGAAAGUGUUUUUCCAUCCCAAAAUAUAUAUAUUUUUAACACUGUUUUGACAUUUAGGCAGCCUGCCUAAGGAUUUCAAUGGUAGAAAGAUCCCUGUACAGGGCUAGGUUUCCUGAUAGAGAUGGAACUUAAGCCUACGAGUGUUUAAACAAGGCAUUGUUUUCCUAAUGGCUGAAGAUGUAACAAGCGUUUCUCAAAACACCACGUAGAGAGAAUGUUCGAUAAGUGCGUUGAUAUGUCUUUGACUUUGGAUCAGCUUUUUCUAUUCAUAUUCUUACCUUAACAUUAGAAUGAAUGCACAAUACUGACAAAGGAUUACAAUAGCCUACAACUGGCAAAAUAAUGCAAUGAAAGUGAUUUCAAUAUGAUUGAAAUUAGGGUUGGGCAGUAUCCAGAUUUCCAUACCUUCAUCCUGUUCCUGUACCAUACCGGGGUAUACGGUAUUACUGGCAGGGCACACAAGGGACACUAUUUCUUUCCAAAUGUAAAACUAACAAAGUACUAGUGAAUGCGGAUGCUAGUAGCUAAAUGCUAAUAAGCACAAGUGAACAUAAACUAAAUGCAAGGACAGACAACCCAGCUCAUAAAGUUAUAGAACUAUUUUAAAAGGUUGAUCCAGGAGGGGAUUGAUUGUUUCUGCUGUAACCAAGAAGCUUAAUCUUUCAAGCUAGCCACCUAUAGCUAGCAAGUUAGCAAAAUUGGAGUAGGAGAAAGUGUAUUUGGCACAUCUUAGAUAGUUAAGAUUUAGCUGGCAAACAUUAGUAGUGUAACUUGAUCACCUCGCUUGUGCUGCUCAACAGUGGAUUGUCAUGUUUGCUCCAUGGGGCCUUGGUAAAAAACAUACCAUGGGACUGGCUCAAUGGAUUUUUUUUCUUCAUAUUUUGAGGUGGGGGGGUGUUGAAAAUCAUACCGUCGGUACUUUAAAAUACCUUGGUAUAUACCGAAUACCUCCUAAGCCUAAUUGAAAUAUGUAGCCUAAAAUCGCUGUUUUGUAAUACAGUCAUAUCGAUUUUAAUUAGAUACAUUAUUUUUCCUUGAUUUGCUUGUUUGUAAUAUUGCAAACCUCAUAUUUGUAUCAAACUAUGAAGUUAUCGGUGGUCACAGAGAGACAGAUAAACAUUUUGAUUCUGUGUUUUCUGAGAUCUUCUGGGUGUAAAGCAUAGAGAUAAAGAGGACUCAUCUUUGUAUCUGUGCCAUUAUGGAGUCUGUGACAGCAUGGGCAGCGCCAUUGAGGGCCAUCUCCAUUUUAAAGUUGUUAAUUACACUAUAUAUACAAAAGUAUGUGGAUACGCCUUCAAAUUAGUGGAUUUGGCUAUUUCAAAUGUCUGCGCUGCUAGAGCUGCCCCGGUAUAACAGCAACUGUAAUUGCUGUUAUUGUGAAGUGGAACCGUCUAGGCGCAGCAAUGGCUCAGCUGCGAAGUGGUAGGCCACACAUGCUCACAGAACGGGACCGGCGAGUGCUGAAGCGCGUAGCGCGUAAAAAUCGUCUGUUCUCGGUUGCAACACUCACUACCGAGUUCCAAACUGCCUCUGGAAGCAACGUCAGCACAAGAACUGUUCGUCGGGAGCUUCAUGAUAUGGGUUUCCAUGGCCGAGCAGCCGCACACAAGCCUAAGAUCACCAUGUGCAAUGCCAAGCGUCGGCUGGAGUGGUGUAAAGCUCGCCGCCAAUGGACUCUGGAGCAGUGGAAACGCGUUCUCUGGAGUGAUGAAUCACGCUUCACCAUCUGGCAGUCCGACAGAGGAAUCUGGGUUUGGCGGAUGCCAGGAGACCACUACCUGCCCGAAUGCAUAGUGCCAACUGUAAAGUUUGUUGGAGGAGGAAUAAUGGCCUGGGGCUGUUUUUCAUGGUUCGGGCUAGGCCCCUUAGUGAAGGGAAAUCUUAACGCUACAGCAUAUAAUGACAUUCUAGACGAUUCUGUGCUUCCAAAUUUGUGGCAACAGUUUGGGGAAGGCCCUUUCCUGUUUCAGCAUGACAAUGCCCCCGUGCACAAAGCGAGGUCCAUACAGAAAUGGUUUGUCGAGAUCGGUGUGGAAGAACUGGCCUGCACAGAGCCCUGACUUCAACCCCAUCGAACACCAUUGGGAUGAAUUGGAACGCUGAGUGCAAGCCAGGCCUAAUCGCCAAACAUCAGUGCGUAAGUUGUAAAGCUGAUAUUGGUGAUUUACCGCCGCCAGCUGGAGUCCUGAACCAAAUCUUGUCAUUUAUUGUGGCCACGAGAUGGUGGUGAUAUAGCUUAAAGCCAUUUACAAUUCAUAGGCCACCUAAUUUAGAAGACAAUGCCAAAGACAGUACAAGAAAUUUCAGCCCACAGAGAAGCACAAGAUUAAACUAUACUCAACUUUCUAGAGCAGUGGUCACCAACCGGUCGAUCGCCAAACAUUUCUGUAAAAAACCCAAUGAUAAAGCCUUGUUCCUAUUUUUAUAAUUUUUUUGUCUCUGGUAGUUGGCGGUAGGUGCACCCGAUUCAGCUGCCCUGUGCGCCGGGUAGGUGAACUGUUGCCAUUUUGAACCAGUUCAUGUGUCUGAAGGUACAAACAUUUACAUUUACAUUUUUGUCAUUUAGCAGAAGCUCUUAUCCAGAGCGACUUACAGUUAGUGAGUGCAUACAUGAAUUGAAUAUAUAUAUAUAUAUAUAUUUUUUAUACUGGCCCCCCGUGGGAAUCGAACCCACAACCCUGGCGUUGCAAACGCCAUGCUCUACCAACUGAGCUACAUCCCUGCCGGCCAUUCCCUCCCCUACCCUGGACGACGCUGGGCCAAUUGUGCGCCGCCCCAUGGGUCUCCCGGUCGCGGCCGGCUACGACAGAGCCUGGAUUCGAACCAGGAUCUCUAGUGGCACAGCUAGCACUGCAAUGCAGUGCCUUAGACCACUGCGCCACUCGAAAGACAAACCCUGCCUUCCUGGCGGGCCUGGAGAGCAAAUCAAGUGCACUAUAGGCCUACCGCUGGCCAAUCGAAUGGCUCAGAUUACUGUGUCUGCAGUAAAGUAGCAGGCAUAAAAUAAAUCUACAGCAAAGUUGAUACUGUGAGAUUUCAAAAAGUUUGAAACCAUGACUACAGAGUGACUGUCAACGAAUACAGCAAAGAGCUGCUGUUUUUAUGAGUGAGUAUCAAAAGAAAAAUGGAGGGAACAUUGCUCCCAACCCAUAGGAAUCCCCAACCCCCAGUUGACUUUUAAAUGGCAGAAGCCCUCAAUGGCAAUGUCCAUGCUAAAAUUAGUUAUAUCCAUCUAGAGCCCUCUUUCUACCUCUAUUGUGUAAAGUGAUGCGGGAGAGAAAAAUAUCAUCCAAAGAUGCACUUCUACGAGUGGUCUGAUGCAUUCGUUAAAUUACGAGCAUUUUUAAGUGCAACGUUAGUAGCGAUUGUUUUGGAAAACCGCUCAGAGAUUUAACGAUGCUAAUCCCGGCCCAGUACAGUUUCUUGGUGGAAGAUGGUAAGGGUAAUAAGUUAUGGCAGAGACUGAUUUUAGAUUAUUUGUGUCCCCUCUGUUCAGAUUCUGAGAAGUCCUCCUCCAGCAGUGAAGAGGACGACCAGGAGAGGGAGGCUGAGGAUGAUGCAGAGGCGCCCAGCUUCGUCAUGGGGAAGAGGUGAAUGCCUGGCACCGGGUCAUGAGACACGCUUCAGGAAGAAAUUGAACGGGGGGGCCAAUAUCUAAUACCUGUUCAGAAAUCAACACAGCCCAGCUUUUAUCAAUGUCAUGGACUCCAUAGACAUUAUCUGAGAGAGAGCCAAGGGAGAUGAGCCUCUGUUAGGGAACUGACAUUCUUCCAAACUCAUGUUUGUAGUUUAGAGCAGUGUUUACCGACCCUGGUCCUCGAGAAUCCCCAAAAGUACACAUUUUCGUUGUAACCCUGGACAAACAAGCCUCAUUCAACUCAUUGAGGGCUUGAUGAUUA